AAUGGUCCAGACUGAGCCUCUUUCUUCGAGGCCCUCAGUCAGGCGAUCCGCUGGACAGCCCGGGCGCGGGGUCCUCACGGCCUCCUCGCAGACUCAGCUUCGGUCCGGAGAGGACCUGGCGCGGAAUCACUGACGGGCCCAGGUGUCGGGAAAAUGAUUCACAGUCUAUUUCUCAUAAACUGUUCCGGUGACAUAUUUCUGGAGAAGCACUGGAAAAGCGUUGUGAGCCAGUCUGUCUGUGAUUAUUUCUUUGAAGCGCAAGAGAAAGCUGCCGAUGUCGAAAAUGUGCCCCCUGUCAUUUCAACUCCUCAUCACUACCUCAUCAGUAUCUACCGGGAUAAGCUCUUCUUUGUGUCUGUCAUACAGACGGAAGUACCACCUCUCUUUGUGAUUGAGUUCCUGCAUCGGGUAGCAGACACUUUUCAGGACUACUUUGGUGAGUGUUCAGAGGCUGCAAUUAAGGAUAAUGUGGUCAUAGUAUAUGAGCUUCUGGAAGAAAUGUUAGACAAUGGAUUCCCACUGGCUACUGAAUCCAACAUUCUGAAAGAACUGAUUAAACCACCAACAAUUCUACGUUCUGUCGUGAACUCGAUUACAGGUAGUAGUAAUGUUGGGGACACGCUCCCCACUGGUCAGCUGUCCAAUAUCCCCUGGCGCCGGGCAGGGGUAAAAUACACAAACAAUGAAGCCUAUUUUGAUGUCGUUGAAGAAAUCGAUGCAAUUAUAGAUAAAUCAGGAUCUACAGUGUUUGCAGAGAUUCAGGGUGUCAUAGAUGCUUGCAUUAAGCUGUCCGGAAUGCCUGACCUUUCCCUCUCUUUCAUGAAUCCACGGCUUUUGGAUGAUGUCAGCUUCCACCCAUGUAUCCGGUUCAAACGUUGGGAAUCUGAAAGGGUUUUGUCAUUUAUUCCUCCAGAUGGCAAUUUCCGGCUCAUAUCAUACCGUGUCAGCUCACAAAAUCUAGUUGCAAUACCCGUGUAUGUGAAACAUAGCAUCAGCUUUAAGGAGAACAGUUCUUGUGGCAGAUUUGAUGUUACGAUCGGUCCGAAGCAGAAUAUGGGGAAAACUAUCGAAGGAAUCACAGUGACGGUUCACAUGCCGAAGGUCGUGCUGAACAUGAACCUGACACCAACACAAGGCAGCUACACGUUUGACCCAGUCACCAAGAUACUGACGUGGGAUGUGGGAAAAAUUACUCCCCAAAAGCUCCCAAGUCUUAAAGGACUGGUAAACUUACAGUCCGGAGCACCCAAGCCAGAAGAGAACCCAAGCCUCAACAUACAGUUCAAGAUCCAGCAGCUCGCUAUUUCAGGCUUGAAAGUAAACCGCUUGGACAUGUAUGGGGAGAAAUAUAAGCCAUUUAAAGGAGUCAAAUACGUUACGAAAGCUGGAAAGUUCCAAGUGAGGACAUGAGAAGAUGCCAAAAUUCCUCAAGAUCUCUUUGUUUUCCAAGUGUCAUGACAGUUUAAAACUAUUAGGUACCAAGUGGGUGGGAAUUACAUAUUCUAGUUCAAGCAUUUGUGUCCGGCUACACUCCGCUAACAUAACAGAGUUGCUUAAUCAGACUAGGGUUCUUAAGGAGCUUUAAGCUAAGAAGACUUUUCAAUGACUUAGCUUAUUUUGUAUCUUUUCACUUAGAAGAUUCUAGAGGUAAUUUCCUCCAUGAGGUUGGGGAAGGGAGUGUGGGGGGAGGCACCCGCUCGAGCCGCCGUGAGAACUAUGUGGGCAGAGUGCCUCGGUGAUGCCGUCUCCCAGCACCAGGGAGCUCACCUCACCUAGCAGUCGUCAUCAUCCUUAAUGGAACAGGCAGGUGCAGCCGAAUAUCACACCUGAUCUUAGCCACCCCUAGUUAGCAUUUGCCCCCGCAGAGGAAAUUCCCCCUACCCCCAAAAGUUUACAGAAAACUGCCUCUUCGAAGUGUUUGCCUUAUUCAGCUUUUCACUCGUGCCAUUAAGCAAGCACUGUAGCAGAAGCCACUCCACGACCCUGGCAGGGAGCGCUGCAGCACCAGGAUCCAUCCUCACUGUACUUGGUAUUGGGUAUUGUAUUUUUUAUAAAUAAGAUUUUUACGUAAAGCUCAGAUACUGAUUUGUAGGGACCUUGCUGAAUUAAGUACCAUCUCAAUUUGUGCCACCAGUUCUGCUGUUAGCACACUGAAAAUAAUUUAUAUCAAAGAGAUGAAUGCUUAUUAAGAUAAUAAAAAGGGAACACUACUUCUGCUUUUAGGAAGUUAUUGCAAGCACAAGCAUUUGAGAUUUUAAGCAGAUUAAAGUAGUAAAAGAGAUAUUUAAGUGACCCUUUGCUAUCUUCAUGUUUAUCGAGCUUAUCCAACACCACAUAAACCAUGUGAGCCCAAAGGCUUUGUGCCUUUCAGUGAAAGGAGCAAACGUGUCAGCCUGUCCAUUUUUUUUUUUUUCAAAUUUUUGAAACUCUCUUCUUUCCUCUUUUUUGGUGGUCGUUACCAAAUCUGUAGUCAAUAUACCCCCUCCUGAAACUAUUGUCAUCAAUAGUAAGCUGGAAUACUUAAAUGUCUGUACCUGACUGUGUGUUUAAAAGACAUUCUGUGGAAGCAGAAUCAAAAUCCUCAGUUCCUGGUAUCAUCAUGCUGUGUCGGUCGGUCAUUCCAUUUCACGGUCUGUUACCCUGCUCAUGUAGGUUGCCUCACUGGGCAUGAAGAAUGGGUAAAGGCUGAAAGUUAAGAUAGAAGUGCUUGCCUCCGGGUUUCCUUCUUGUUCUUAAUUCUACUCUCUUCUCUUUGGAACUCCAUUUCUUUUCAUUCUUCUCAGCGUGUCAUGGUCUGUCUCCUGCUCUCAAGGGCUAAUGGUUCUUGGUGAGAGCCCGCUGUAAGCAGCAUCCUUACCUUGCCUGCCUAGGGCACUCAGCGUGCCUCCUCACAGAAAAAGGCACACUUCACCACUUUUAACAUUUCUAGGGUAUCAGCUUGGCAACUAAAAAUCGUGAUGUUGCCAAAUAUCUAUUUCCUUUGCCUAUGGUUGGUUACCCAGUUCAUUGCUUCUCAUUUUUAAUGUUCCACUCCUCAGAGUUCAUUCCUCAAAAGAGCUGUCAGUCUAUUUGCUUUUCUUUCUGGAAAAUUCCUCAUCUAAAACAUUCAGUUUUCCUUCUGUGCUGUCCUCACUUAUAUACAAGUAGAUUGUAUGCCAAGAGUCCCUGGCUUUUAGCAUUUUCUGCUAAAAUUUUCAAGCAAACUAUGUCCUUUUACAGUUAAAUUAUUGUAUUUAUUAAUUUGAUUGAAUCCAGUAAGUUCUUUCUUUAGCUCUGGCUAUACUGUCAAUAAA